GGCAUAUUCAUUCCUUCCUCUCUCUCUUAUCCCUCUUCAUUCUCACCGAUCCGCAUUGUACACAAAUCCGAUUUCGAUGGGUAAACCGACGGGAAAGAAGAAAAAUGUCGAUCCUCCGACGGAUUCUUCCGUCGGCGGCAACAAGUCCGUAAAAAGCUUCGAUCGUUCAGCCUCCAAGGCGACUGCAACCUUCGACGAAGACAUGGCGAUCUUCAUAAACCGAGCGCUAGAGCUCAAGGAAGAAGGAAACAAGCUCUUCCAGAAACGCGACAACGAAGGCGCGAUGCUAAGGUACGACAAAGCCGUCAAGCUUCUCCCUAGAGAUCACGUAGACGUGGCUUACCUGCGAACGAGCAUGGCUUCUUGUUACAUGCAAAUGGGGAUAGGAGAGUAUCCGAACGCGAUCAACGAAUGCAAUCUCGCUCUCGAGGCUUCUCCUAGGUACAGCAAAGCCUUGUUGAAACGUGCUCGGUGUUACGAGGCGUUGAACAAGAUGGAGUUCGCGUUUAGGGAUUCGAGGAUUGUUUUGAACAUGGAGGCGGAGAAUGUUUCCGCUAAGGAGAUAUGCGAGAGGGUGAGGAAGGUUUUGGUGGACAAAGGGGUUGAUGUGGUUGAGAUGGAGAAGAGUUUUGUUGAUGUGCAGCCUGUUGGCGCUGCGCGGUUACGCAAGAUUGUUAAGGAGAGGUUGAGGAAGUUGAAGAAGAAGAAUAACAAGAAGAGUGAGGAGAAGAAGAGCAACGAAGGCGGGGUUGUUGAGAAUAAAGCAGCGGAGGAGGUUGAAGACGGAGAGGAAGCAGAUAGCGGGAAGAAAGGGGAGGAUAAGGUUGUGGUUGAGGAGAAGAAAGUGAGUCCUGUUAUGGACAAAGAGGUCAUUGCUUCUGAGAUUGAUGCCACGGUGACGAGGACGGUGAAGUUGGUUCAUGGAGAUGAUAUAAGGUGGGCGCAGUUGCCGUUGGAUUCUAGUGUGAGACUUGUGAGAGAUAUAAUCAGAGAUAGGUUUCCUUCUCUCAAAGGUUUCUUGAUCAAGUAUAGGGACCAAGAAGGUGAUUUGGUUACUAUUACCACGACGGAGGAGCUAAGGAUGGCUGCAUCAACUAGGGAGAAACUUGGGUCAUUUAGAUUGUAUGUAACUGAAGUUAGACCCAAUCAAGAACCAACUUAUGAUGGUGUGGACAAGGAAGAAUCGACCGAUAAGCUUGCCAAGGGAUCGAGUAGUGUUGCUGAUAAUGGAAGUGUUGGAGAUUGUGUGGAGUCUGAGAAACCAUCUCCUGCCAUUGAGCAUUGGAUUUUCCAGUUUGCGCAGCUGUUCAAGAACCAUGUCGGGUUUGAUUCUGAUUCUUACUUGGACAUUCACAAUCUUGGGAUGAAGCUGUAUACAGAAGCCAUGGAAGAUAUUGUAACGGGAGAAGAUGCGCAAGAACUUUUUGACAUCGCUGCUGAUAAGUUCCAAGAAAUGGCUGCACUUGCUAUGUUUAACUGGGGGAACGUUCAUAUGUCGAAGGCAAGAAGGCAGAUCUAUUUUCCAGAGGACGGGUCGAGAGAAACUAUACUAGAGAAGGUCGAGGCUGGAUUUGAAUGGGCGACGAACGAGUACAACAAAGCUGCAGAGAAAUAUGAAGAGGCGGUUAAAGUUAAAUCUGAUUUCUAUGAAGCUCUUCUUGCACUCGGGCAACAACAGUUUGAGCAGGCUAAGCUUUGUUGGUAUCAUGCGCUUAGAAACAAGAUAGAUAUAGAAAGCGAGGCUUCUCAGGAAGUAUUAAAGCUCUAUAACAAAGCCGAGGAGAGUAUGGAGAAGGGUAUGCAGAUUUUGGAAGAGAUGGAAGAACGUCGUCUAAAUGGAAUCGCCAAUUCUGAGAAACAUAAAACACUGCUGCAGAAGCUGGGCUUGGAUGGGGUGUUUAGUGAAGCAUCUGAUGAAGAAAACGCAGAGCAAACAGCUAAUAUGACUUCCCAGAUUAAUCUUUUGUGGGGUUCUUUACUGUAUGAACGGUCUAUUGUGGAGUAUAAGCUUGGUUUACCGACUUGGGAUGAAUGCUUGGAGGUUGCAGUGGAGAAAUUUGAAUUAGCUGGAGCUUCUGCAACCGAUAUAGCUGUCAUGGUAAAGAACCAUUGCUCAAACGAGAAUGCACUUGAAGGUAUGGGGUUCAAGAUCGAUGAGAUAGUACAGGCAUGGAACGAGAUGUAUGAUGCAAAAAGAUGGCAGAUCGGUGUCCCAUCUUUCCGGCUAGAACCUCUGUUCCGGAGAAGGUCACCAAAACUGCAUGAUAUUUUAGAGAAUGUGUUUUCAGGGCCUCAAUGAGGAAACAGUCAUCAUAUAUGCGAACCGAACAUAUCAGCUGGUGCUGUAUUUACUGGGAGCGUGAGAGUUGUAUGCAAUUUCUCUUCUAUUUUUGGUUUGGUUUCUAAGCUUUUUGGAAGCAGUAUUUUUUAUAUAUAUAUUGGCAGUGAUGAUUUUUUGUGCAUAAUAUAUAUUAUUUUUUAAUUACUUUUUGCAGAAUAUUUUUUCUGGCUUUUUUUGGGAAUCAAUGUUUUUUCUUUUCUUUUCGUUUUGGUGGGUUUGUAAUUAUAUCAUUGUUUCGUAAUAUUAUUUUCUUAUUGAUUGUUUGAAGUUCUUGAUUUUUUUUUUGUUGGCAAAGAACAGUUAUGUGA